AUGACUUCCCACGGUCCCCCCAAACCCCUCAUCCACUUUGGGAAAUUCGAAGUCACGGAUCAGGUCUUCCACAAAUCAACCCACUGCUACUGUCUCGUAAACAUCAAGCCCAUUCUCCCGGGCCACGUGCUCGUAAUCCCUUACCAGCACCAUGCCCGCAUGACCGAUCUCUCACGUGCAGAGCUCGACGAUAUCUUUUCCACGACGCAGAAAGUGCAGAGGAUGCUCGCGUCGCAGUACUUCGCAGGUCAAAAUCUCACAGAGGGAUCGUUUAAUAUAGCGAUCCAGGAUGGGCCGGAGAGCGGACAAACGGUCCCGCAUUUUCACUGUCAUGUCAUACCGCGAACGAAGGAGAGCGCGUCGAUUGGGGACGGGAUUUAUGAUAAGUUGCAGGGAGAGGAGGGGAAUGUGGGAGGGGGGCUUUGGGAUAGAGACGCGCAGCUGGGGGAGAGACCGGCGCAGAAAGGAAAAUUCCCAAAGGUGGAUGAGGGGGAUAGGUUGCCGAGAAGGUGA